CGGUAAAUCAACUUUGCGACAAUGUGCCAAUCCUGUCUGCAGAUAUUUGAAAUUUUUACCUGGCAUCUCUGGAUCUGAUAUAAGCAGCACAUUUUUGCUAGUCUCGUGUAUUUUGCCCUAACAGCAACUUUCAAUAUUCUUACUGCUAGAAACGAUAGCUUUGUGAAAUGCCUGAUCCAGCCGAGAACGGUACCGAAGCUCCAGUGAAAACUGAAAAGCAACUCAAAAAAGAAGCGGAAAAAGCUGCCAAGUUGGCAAAACUUCAGGAUAAAUUAAACAAAAAACAGGCCCAGGAGCUGCAGGCCGCUGCCAAGCCGAAGGUCGAGAAAAAGACCAAAGAUAGCAAAGAAAUUAUUGUCUAUACAGGCAGUAGUGAAGAGGGUGAGAAAAAGGAUUUGACUGGCCCGUUUCCAGAUUCAUAUAGUCCUCAAUAUGUGGAAGCCGCAUGGUACAGCUGGUGGGAAAAGGAAGGUUUCUUCAAACCAGAGUAUGUGCGCAAGCAUAAUAACUUGGGUGACCGAUUCGUCAUGGUGAUUCCACCACCCAAUGUUACCGGUUCCCUACAUCUAGGUCACGCACUAACAAAUGCAAUUGAAGAUGCCAUCACUCGCUGGAAUCGGAUGAAGAGACGUGUCACAUUGUGGGUUCCUGGUUGUGAUCACGCUGGUAUUGCUACCCAGGUGGUUGUCGAAAAGAAAAUUUGGCGCGAGCGAAAGCUUACUAGACACGAUCUGGGACGGGAGAAAUUUAUCGAAGAAAUUUGGAAGUGGCGUAGUGAGAAAGGUGACCGAAUUUACCACCAGCUAAAGAAACUAGGCUCGUCUUAUGAUUGGGAUCGAGCCUGCUUCACGAUGGAUCCCAAACUUUGCAAAGCUGUCACGGAAGCGUUCGUGCGUAUGCACGAACAAGGAUUGAUAUACCGAAGCAAUCGAUUAGUGAACUGGUCUUGCACACUGCGAUCAGCCAUAUCCGACAUUGAAGUAGAUAAGGUAGAAAUUCCUGGCCGUACAAUGCUUUCGAUUCCAGGCUACAAUGAAAAGGUUGAAUUCGGAGUGCUGGUAUCGUUUGCCUACAAAGUAGAGGAAACUGGCGAAGAAAUCGUUGUUGCAACUACUCGUAUUGAAACAAUGCUUGGGGAUACGGCUGUUGCCGUACAUCCCAAAGACGAAAGAUAUAAACAUCUACACGGCAAGUUUGUACAGCAUCCAUUUUGCAGUCGUAAGUUACCAAUAAUCUGUGAUGAGUUUGUGGAAAUGGAAUUUGGAACAGGAGCCGUAAAAAUAACACCAGCACAUGAUCCAAACGACUACGAAGUUGGCAAGCGUCACAAUCUGCCGUUCAUAACAAUUUUCACUGAUGACGGUUUUAUUUCUGACGAUUACGGAGAAUUCACCGGAAUGAAGCGAUUUGAUGCUAGGAAAUCCGUUUUAGCUGCCCUUCAAGCGAAGGGAUUGUAUAAGACUACUGUAGAAAAUCCAAUGGUUGUACCAAUCUGUUCUCGAUCUAAAGACAUUGUUGAACCAUUGAUCAAGCCCCAGUGGUAUGUCAAGUGCGACGACAUGGCCAGAAAUGCAACCGAAGCGGUUCGUUCGGGAGAACUAAAAAUCAUACCCGAGGUGCAUACGAAAAUAUGGCAUCAUUGGAUGGAGGGCAUCCGAGAUUGGUGUGUGUCCCGUCAACUUUGGUGGGGACAUCGGAUUCCAGCCUAUCGCGUUUCGAUUAAGGAAUCAAGCAAAGUAUGCACUCAAUUGGAUGAGGCGAACUCGUGGUUCGUUGGUCGUAGUGAAGAAGAAGCAUCUCAAAAGGCUUCCAAACAACUGAAUGUGGAUCCGUCAGAGUUAAUCCUAAAGCAAGAUGAGGAUGUUUUAGAUACAUGGUUCAGUUCUGGGUUGUUCCCUUUCUCCGUUUUCGGUUGGCCGGAUAAUACCGAUGAUUUGAAACUGUACUAUCCGACAACGUUACUUGAAACUGGUCAUGACAUCUUGUUUUUCUGGGUGGCCCGAAUGGUGUUUUUCGGACAAACCCUACUUGGCAAACUGCCCUUCAAAGAGGUUUUCCUACAUCCAAUGGUUCGCGAUGCUCAUGGACGAAAAAUGUCUAAAUCUCUCGGAAAUGUCAUCGAUCCUAUGGAUGUGAUAACGGGUAUUAGUUUGGAAGGUUUGCAUCAGCAACUACUUGAUUCUAAUUUAGAUCCGCGGGAGAUCGACAGGGCAAAAGUUGGCCAGAAGCAGGACUAUCCUAACGGGAUUCCUGAAUGUGGUACGGAUGCGAUGCGUUUUGCGUUGUGUGCCUAUAUGACCCAAACGCGGGACAUCAACUUGGACAUUUUGCGUGUGCAGGGCUACAGGUUCUUCUGCAAUAAGUUGUGGAAUGCGACUAAGUUUGCCCUACUCUACUUCACCGGUGCUGAGAAAUAUGAUGUUAUACAACAGUUGACUGGUUCGGAGAGCAACAUCGACCUCUGGAUUCUUUCGCGGCUCUCCAACUGUAUCGACACCGCGAAUAAGAGCUUUGAAAAAUAUGAAUUUGCUCAGGUGACCAACGCAUGCUACAAUUUCUGGCUAUACGAUCUGUGCGAUGUUUAUCUGGAAUGUCUCAAACCCGUAUUUCAGUUUGGUUCGGAAGAGUUGAAAUCUUCUGCUAGAAGAACGUUGUACACCUGCCUGAACCUAGGUCUAAAGCUGUUAUCCCCAUUUAUGCCGUUCAUCACGGAAGAACUGUACCAGCGUUUGCCUCGCGCUGAUACCGAUCAGUUUGCCAGUAUCUGUGUAGCACCGUACCCAGAGCUGGACACUUCCAAUUGGCAGAAUGAGACACUAGAAAAAAAUUUUGAACUUGUUCAACGUACAGCCAAGGUUAUACGAUCUGCUCGAAGUGACUACAAUCUUCCUAACAAAAUAAAAACCAAAGCAUAUAUAGUAUGCAGUGAAGACACUGUAAAGGGUGUAUUGACGAACUUUGCCGCUGAUUUGGCUACUAUGAGUUACUCACAGAUCAAUAUUACCGGUGAUGAACUUCCUUCUGGCUGUGCGAUUCUUACCGUUUCUGGAGCUUGCAUUGUUCAUCUCCUACUAAAGGGACUGAUCGAGGUUGACAAGGAAAUUGAGAAGCUCUCAAAGAAACGGGAAAACUUAUCGUCCACAUUGGGGAAAUUGGAACAAGCGAUGUCUGCUUCCGAUUAUUGUACGAAGGUUCCAGAAGAUGUGCGAACCAAUAAUCAAGAUAAACUGGAACAAACAAAAAUCGAAAUCGAUCGAAUUGUCGCGGCAAUUGAAACUUUAAAAACAAUGUAACAAUAAGGUAUUGUUGACGAAGCAUUUUUCAAUUCCAGCAUUUUGUUAAACUAAUGGCGAUCAAUGGCACCUUACGUGAAUGUAAUUUCAAGCUGACGUAAUAAUUUAUUGCAAUACAUUUAAACGAUAACGCUGAGUUUAUUUUUUUACGACUAUCACAAAUAUAUAUGAAGUAAGCAAGA